AUGGCCAAAAUUAAGGCUGGAGACCUUAGCAGCAAGAAGGAGGAGGAGCUGCUCAAACAGCUGGAUGACCUGAAGGUGGAGCUGCCUCAGCUGUGCGUCACCAAAGUGACAGGCAGUGUGACUUCCAAACUUUCUAAGGUCCAGGUUGUUUGCAAAUCUAUUGCCUGUGUUCUUACCGUCAUUAACCAGACUCAGAAAGAGAACCUCAGGAAAUUCUACAGGGGAAAGAAGUACAAACCCUUGGAUCUGCGGCCCAAGAAAACAUGGGACAUGUGCUAUCAGCUCAACAAGCAUGAAGAAAACUUGAUGACCAAGAAGCAGCAAUGGAAGGAGUGGCUAUACCUACUGUGGAAGUAUGCGGUCAAGGCCUGA